AUGUCAGAUAUUAGGAAUUGGCUUUUAGAAGGAGAAUUAGUUAAAAAAUCUGCACCAAAAACCACAAAAAAUAGAAGAAAAAAUGAACAGGAUAGCGACAAAAAAACAAAAAAGCGCGUUGUUUUAUCAGAUAAUGAGGAAAUUACAAUAGAAAAUAAAAAAAAAAGUCUGAGCGUUUUAAUUAGAGUUCAAUCGACUGAAGAUUCUGAUUUGGUUCCAACAAAUGCCUAUCAAUUUUUUGCAGAUAAAAAUAAGAUAUCAAGAUCAUCAUCUGAAAAAAAGAAGACAACUGUUAAGGAAGAUGUAAUUCAAGAAGACUACAUGGAUGAUGACUCUUCGUUUAGCCAAUCCGAUUUACUUGAAUUUGAAAAAUUAGGUAAUAUAUGUAAAAAUGAGGAAAACGAGGCGUAUCAUGUUGAAAAACACAGUUCCAAAGAUAUAAAAAAUAAUAUAUGUGAUACUAGCUCUAAACCAAAAAAAAAUAGAUCUCCUAAAAAAUUAAAAGAAACUAUUGAUACAUCAUCACCUGUUAAAACCAAUAGUCUUUCAAAUAAGAAAAACAAGGAUUCAAUGUCUAUUGCUAAAGAAACGGAAAAUAUAAAAUAUAAAAAGAAUUCAAAAGAAGAACCAGACCAUCUAGAUUCAAACACUACUAAUAAAAAAAAAACAAAUAUUGAAAACACAAAGGAUGUAGCUCAAAAAGUUUUAGAUGAAUGUCCUCUAAUAUCUUUAUCAGAUAUUAAAGUAUCAGAUGCCAAAGAGAUUAAAUUUUAUAACAAAACAGUUUCUGGUCCUUCAAAAUUAGAUGUUUGUAAAGAAAUACCUAUUGGUCGUGAAAAUUGUCUUUCUGGAUUAACAUUUGUUUUCACUGGAAUUAUGAAAUCAAUUGAUCGUGAAGAAGGACAUAAUCUUAUAAAAAAAUAUGGAGGAAAAGUAACAAAUGCACCAUCUAGUAAAACAUCGUUUGUUGUAUUAGGGGAAGAUGCUGGUCCAAAAAAAAUAGAAGUUAUUAAAAAAAAUAAUUUAAAAACUAUAGAUGAAAACGGGCUGUUUUAUCUUAUUAAAAAUAUGCCAACAUCAGGUGGAAACACUAAAGCUGCCCAAGCUGCACAAAAAAAAAGGGAAGAAGAAGACCAAGAAGCUCGUGAAAUGGCAAAAUCAAUGGCUCCCAAAACAAGUGAAAUGCAAAAAUCUCAAUCAUGUCAGCUUUGGACUACUAAAUAUGCACCUCGUACUCUUAAAGAAAUUUGUGGUAAUAAAAGUUUAGUAGAAAAACUGCAAAAAUGGCUUCACGAUUGGGACAAAAAUCGUAUUGCUAAUUUUAAGAAGUCGGAAUCUGAUGGUUUAGGCUUUUAUCGUGCUGUUCUUAUAUCAGGCCCACCUGGUAUUGGAAAGACUACAUCUGCACAUCUGGUUGCAAGUUUAGAAGGCUAUGAUGUAUUAGAAUUUAAUGCAAGUGAUACUAGAAGCAGGAAAUUAUUAGAAGAAUCAUUAAAUAAAGUUUAUAAUAAUACAUCUCUUAAUGGUUUCUUUUUACUUGAUGAACAAACUGCGGAAAAAAAAAAGAAUAAGUUUGUCAUAAUUAUGGAUGAAGUAGAUGGUGUAUCUUCAGGCGAUCAAGGAGGAAUUGGUGAACUUAAUUCUUUUAUUAAAAAGACUCAGAUUCCUAUAAUAUGUAUUUGUAAUGAUAGGGCUUCUAGAAAGCUUCUACCUUUAGAUAGAACAACAUUUGAUCUUAAAUUUCGGAGACCCGAUGUUAAUUCACUUCGUUCUCGAAUCAUGUCUAUUGCAUAUCGUGAAGGUCUGAAAUUAGAACCACAAGCAAUUGAUCAAUUAGCUGAAAGUACACAUGGAGAUAUUCGACAGAUUAUAAAUAUUCUUUCAUCUUGGAAACUUAGCCAAAAUUCUAUGAAUAUUGAUGAUGGGAAAAAUGCGGCAAAAGCAGCAGAGAAACAUAUUAUUAUGAAACCUUGGGAUAUAGUAGGAAAAUUUCUAAGCGGUGGUAUAUUUAAACAUACCAGUAAAGUCACAUUAAGUGACAAAAUUGAACUUUAUUUUAACGAUCACGAGCUUUCACAUUUAAUGCUUCAAGAAAAUUAUUUAAAAACGCAACCUGAUACAUUAAAUUCAAUUGUAAAUUUAAAACAGAAAAAUCACGAGCAUUUGAAAUUAAUAGAAAACGCUUCUGAAGCUAUUUCCCGAAGCGACCUUAUUGAUUUUAUGAUUCAUGGACCACAACAACACUGGAGUUUAAUGCCUAUGCAUGCUGUGUUUUCGUGUGUUAUUCCUGCAUUCUAUGUUUCUGGGUUUGGCACAAGUCAAUAUUCAUUUACAUCAGUUUUAGGCAAUAUAUCUAAAGCCAAUAAGUUAAUAAAAUAUCUACAAAGCAUUCAAACCCAUAUGUCUUUAAAAACAACAGGAAAUUGCAAUGAAAUUCGGCAGUUUUAUGUACCAUUAUUGUUUGACCUUCUUUUACGAAGACUUCAAAAUAAAGGCCAGGAUGCCAUUCCGAAUAUCAUUAGACUUAUGGACGAAUAUUUUCUUUCUAAAGAACAUUCUGAAUAUAUAUUAGAACUAGGAAUAGGUCCGAACAACGGGAACCUUUUAAAAAUUCCAUCUCAAACAAAAGCGUCUUUUACAAAACAAUACAAUAAAGCAAAUCAUCCUAUUGCAUUUUGUAGCACUAUUGCUACAAAUAAAUCUAAUAUUAAACAUAAUAUACCUGAUUUAGAAGAUAUUUUGGAAACUAAUCCAGAAGAACCUGAAGAACUUGAUUCAGAAAAUGAUGAUCCUGGAAAAGAUAAAUUUAUUAUUGAAAAUGCAAAACGUAAUAAAAAAAUACAAAAUACGGCUAAAAAAGGGAAAAAAAAUUCCACUAAAUAG